GUUUUGCUCACCCUUGUGUCUGUUUUGCCGCCUCCUAGUUCCUUGCUUCGUUUGCGGACACUUAAUCCGUCGCGUCCAGCCCCUUUUCAUACCAAGCAUAGCAAUGUUUGUUUUGCCCCUCUCCUUCCCACUUCAGUGCACAUAUUUACGACCACUUAUACGAUGCCCCGCGAAGAGCCGGUUAGAGUUCCGAUCGAUGAAAUCCGCCGCAUGCUGGAAGAGCUCGAUCGCCGACGCACUCGAAACGGAGCUGGAGGAAGGUCAGGACCGCCUCACUCGAUUAUUCCAAGCUCCCUGGCAUAUCAGAACACUCAUCAGCCCCGUCAAGAGCUGGUCAGAGUUCCCCUUGACGAGGUCCAACAUACGCUGGAAGACCUGGACCGCCGACAUGCCAGAGGACGCACCCCUCGAAGACAUGGAGAAUCUCAACAGACUGGGGCCAAGCCCCGAGAGGAGCCGGUGAGAAUCCCGCUUAACGAGCGCGCUAAAGAUCGGGGCCAUCGACUGCAAGCAGUAGCCCGGCGUAAUACCAUUACGGUGCCGGAAGAUGAACUCAGGCGUAUAAUUGCGGCCAUCACGCAACAACACGCGGAGGAGCGUUUACGGGCAAGAGCCGCAAGAUUACGAGCGGAAGAGGAGGCCGGUAAGCUCGACCGUCAAGGAGCUGAAGGGGCGCCACAGACACAGCCACCGGCUACUCCCGAGCGGAUCGUCCGUGCUCCACAGAUCCUGCCCCCCUCGAACCGCCCGAGGGAUCAACCUCCGCCGCCCAGACGGGCAAUCCCGCACACCCCGCCUCCCCGAAAGCGCCUUCGGGAGCCACAACCGGAAGGACUUCUAACUCCGCCGCCCACGAGGCCAGACCGCCCCCGGAAAAGACCGAGGCCGUCGCAGGAAACCGCCCUGCUCCAACAAGAGUCCCUCGAGACCAUUCUGCAAUACCAUAAAUCUCGUUUCCGCGAUAAAGAGAGGGAAUCGGUAGCAAGAUCUUGGUGCAAAGAGGUCCCACUUGCCCUCCAGAGGAGGCACUUAACGCCCUCCUUGCUACAGGCCACCGCAGCGCUCCAGGAGUACAGGGACUGUUUCCCUGCUGGCAACGACGCUGAGGCCAUGGUUUGCCACGAAUGCUAUGCCGCUUUGAAGAAGGGGAAACAGCCGAAGACCUGUGCGGUCAACAACAUAUACAUCGGAUGCGAGCAUCGGUAUCCCGAAGAGCUCGACGGCCUGUCUCCUGUUGAGGAGAGGCUGAUUGCUUUGCAGGCCUCCUUCGGCUACAUCACAAAGUUCACUAUUAACAACAAGACCCCGUCGGGGCUCAGCUACCGGAAGCAUAUAAAGGGCCAUAUCGUCGUCUUUCCGAACAAGGUCGAGGACCUCGUUGCCACAGUCCUCCCUCACCCUCUUCUAGUAACUAUUAAGAACAUCCACGUCUCUUGGAGUGGUUCUAGCAAGCCUGGCGAUGCAGACGUUGGGCAUCUUCUCCAAGUACAUAAGUCCCGUAUCCGGGCUGUGCUUUUAUAGCUCUAGGAAAACAAUCCGCUUUAUAAAUAUAUCACGAUCAACUAUAGCGAGAUAGAUAGCUGGCGGUAUGCAGACGGCUCGGAUAUACCUAUCCUUAUCAUAGACAGCAUGCAGCGGGAAGAGCCGUCCGUUGCCGAGAAGACACAGAUAGACCACAUAGUCCCAGAUACCGAUCGAGGUUUAGAAGAGAACCGGUUUACGAC